AUGCCACUGCAGAUUUUGGAGGCGAAGCUCGCGGCACAAUUGAAAGCUCUACCCAAGGAUUCGCAGCGACAAUUCCUAUCUCUGUACAACAAAAGCCCAGGAAAGCUCCCUUUCUCCACCAUAUUCAAAACAAAUGCGCUACCUUGCGGAUCCGACUCCCCUGUUGGCGCAGUGUAUCCUACGAUUUGUUUGAUCAAUCACAGCUGUGUUCCCAAUUCUCACAAUAACUGGAAUGACAACUUAGAGCACGAAACCAUUCAUGCAAUCCGUCCAAUUGAAGCAGGAGAGGAAAUCACUAUACCGUACGACAAAGGUGGAUGCACCUGCCUCGGAUGCUCACUUCCUCCCCCCGAACUCGACGAUAGUGACGCCCGCCGUCUCCAAAUUCAGUUAUUGGACGCUGCUAUCGGCGAUCCAUAUCGCAUUAUGAGUGAACCUCGGGAGGUUUUAAGAGAUUGUUACUCGAUGCUUCAGAAUCUGAAUGAGGAAUUUGGAGGAUAUAUUGGAAUCCUCGGCGCACGGCUCUAUUACGAUGCGUUCCAGAUCAGUAUUGCGCAUGGCGAUCAGGCCAGAGCGAGCGUUUUCGCUAAAAGAGCGUAUGAGUCCAGGGUUCUUUGUGAAGGCGAGGACAGUCCAGAGGCGCAGCGAGUACGAUCCCUUGCUAUGAAGCCAGCGAGACAUAUGUCUUUUGAAUUGGCUUCUCGACAAUGGAGAAGGAGCAAAGAUAUGGUCCCUAAAAGUCUGGAUACUGAGAGUUUUGAGAAGUGGUUGUUUAAAUUAGACCUUCCGCGAGACUUACGAUGA